UGCAAUAACAUGAAACAUUCUAAUCUCAUCCCCAGAAUGAGUCAUCAACAGCUCAAGAAACCACAGGCAGAUCUUGAGAUCUCCAAUUACGGCGACUUCUCGGAGAAGACCAUCGACCGUCUCGAGCCGGUGGUUCCCACCGGCAUCGGUUCUGCCGCCAUAGAUGGCGACCCUAUAACCAUCGGAGAAGCUUUGGAAGCGGCGGCCAUAGCGGCGGGGAAUAAAGCGGUGGACCAAAACGACGCAGCUGCGAUCAGGGCGGCAGAGAUUAGGGCUUCCGGAGAGAAGAGCGUGAGGUCCGGCGGCGUGGGUGAAACGGCGCAAGCGGCGGCCACUUUCAACAGUCACGUCAAGCGAAACCAAGACAAGACGAAACUUUCCGAUAUAUUAACGGAUGCCUCAGAGAAGCUCUCAGUGGACAAGGCAGUGACGAAAGAAGAUGCUGACGCUGUGUAUGCGGCGGAGGUGCAGUUUACACGGCGGGGGGAGGCUGAGGAAGGGGUUGCUAAACCUGGCGGCGUGUCGGCAUCCAUGGCCACUGCAGCUAACCUUAAUCAACAAAAUUGAGGCUUGGAGUAUAGUGUUUGCCCCUUUUUGAAAACGUGUUUUUGGGUAGAAGCAGCUUAAUUUGUAACUACUGAAUAUGAAUACUGAUUUUGAUUUGUGCUUUUGUUUUAACAGUUAAACGUUUGUUUUAUUGAAA